AUGAGCAGAGCGGCGCAGCUGCAGCAGGCACCGUUUCCCAACAAAUACACGCUGCGAAAAGUAGCAGCAUCCGAUAGUAAACCGUGUUCAAUAUGCUACAAACCAACAACCACCGUGCUAAUUUCGGACAACCAAGCAGAUUUCUUCUACGUGUGUGAUUUGCACUUGCAGGACGAUCAAUUUGCUACUGCGAUAAAGGAACAAAACUACACCGAUUUGCAACUGGAGGUGGAAAAGUUAAAAAAUGAAGUUGAGAAAUUGAGGAAAGACGUUGAUGCUGAAAAGCCGUAUCUCUGGGGAUUAAACAACUACUGGAAAAAAAGUGGCAGCAGUAGUACUAGUGGGGGUGGUGAUGACAACAAGGUGGAGAAAUUGCCAGCUAAGCAUGACAACAAGUACCAAUCAUUAAAGAACAAAUUGGGCGAGCAGUUGAAUUCCCUUCAAGCAAAAGAACAAGAGGUAGAACUGUUUAAAUUCAAGAAUUUCGCGUUGCAGCAAACCAUUUACCGCAAUAGACUUAUGCUCCACCAAAAGAAGAAAUAUAACGUGGAAAGAAGCAGACAAAUCCAAGAACUGGGGUUCUUUCCCACGGCACCUAGCCAUAACAUCAGUUGA